GCCAUUCGAGGUCUCUCAAAUUCUCUGGCCUGCAACAUUGCUCUCCUCUGUCUCUCUUUCAUCCUCCCGUUGCUCUCGCUCUACAUUUGCAAUAUCAGUUUAAUGCUUUUUGUUCAGGGCUUUUUUUGUGUUUUGUAACCAUAUGAACUCGAAUGUUGAUAUCGUGGUGUUGAAACCAUUCUUUACCACCGCUACCACCCUCAUCUAUUUGGUUGUGCAUUGUGCUCUGUGGAACACAAGCGUAAAUAGAGUUCUGUUAAGGUCUUCAAAUCAAUUCAAGUGACAGCACACAAAUUCAUUUUGAUACAUAAAACGGUACAGGAAUUCAACUAAUUUUAAGUGAAAGAAGUGUGGCCAGAAGGGAAAUUUUACAAAUAUGAACAGAGAUCCCAUAGAAUGUUCUUGCAAGUGGCACGUUUCCCUCUUGUUUCAUUUGUCUCCUGCAUAUUAUAAGGGAAAGUAAUAGAAAGAGAAACUAUCUUGAUUCCUUAUUGCAUAUUGCUCAUGUUAAAACCCAUAACUAUGGCUACAAGCCUGCUUUAAUCAGUAUGUUUCUCUUAUUCCCUAAAGCUUAAAAACAGUUGCUCAAUUCGUAGUGCUGGUGAAAAAGCUUAAUGUUGUAGAUUUAUGGAAAAAUAAAUCUUAUAGUGUAUUUUAAUUGCUAAAAAUCUGAUUAGAAUUGUGAUGUAGGAUGAAAUUUUUGGAGGUGAUUUAAUUUGAUGUAAGAUAAUAUGAACAUCGGUGCUCCUUUUCGCGCCUCAGUACCUCUCCAGUGCAACAUACCCACGAGGAAUAAUACUGUUGUUGGUGCUGACAAUUUUGCAAUUGAAAGUCAUAGUAUAAGCUACUCUAUCAACACGGGGAAGGGAAAAUUGGUUCCAAUUUUAAAGGAUUGUUCCCUGAAAAUCCCUUCUGGGCAGUUUUGGAUGUUGCUUGGACCUAAUGGAUGUGGGAAAUCAACACUUUUGAAGAUCUUGGCAGGUCUGCUAAGUCCAACAGAUGGUCGCGUACAUGUGAGGAAACCUAGAAGUUAUGUCUUCCAAAACCCAGAUCACCAAGUGGUCAUGCCUACUGUAGAAGCAGAUGUGGCUUUUGGCCUUGGGCGAUUCAACCUGACAAAUGAUGAGAAAAAACUGAGAGUAGCAAAAGCGUUGACCGCUGUGGGCAUGUAUGAUUAUUUGCAGAGACCGGUACAAACACUUAGUGGGGGUCAGAAACAAAGGGUUGCAAUUGCUGGUGCUUUGGUCGAAGAAUGUAAAGUAUUGUUAUUAGAUGAACUCACGACGUUCUUGGAUGAAAGCGAUCAGGUCGGGGUGAUUAAAGCCGUGAAGAACACAUUGAGUAGUUCUGAAGAUGUGAGUGCGUUAUGGGUAACACACCGAUUGGAAGAACUGGAGUACGCGGAUGGUGCUAUAUAUAUGGAAGACGGGAGAGUUGUUAUGCAUGGUGAACCAUCCACCAUAAUGGACUCUAUUGAAGCUAGGAAAGCCUCUUAUACCAACACUAUUAACUCCUAAUCAGUGGCGGAUCCAGGAAAUUAAUGGGGUGGGGGCACGUUGGAUGGGACUUGGGAGAGGGAAGCAUAUGGCCAUAUGGGACUGGGGGGAAACCAUGUAAGAAGAGGGUGAAAAUAGAAAAUUUAAACUAGUCAACAAAAGUUUAUGGUUUUUGACUGGGGGCCUUUCCCCUCACUGCUUAAAGGCUGGAUCCGCCCCCGCUCCUAAUGACCAUCACUACUAUACAUUAUCAAAUGUCUUCUUUUCAUAUGAAACAAAGGUAUCAUUUUUACCCCUUUUAUAUAUAACUUUCUUGUGUUCCGGCCAACUUAAGCACAACUCGACUAUCUCAGGGUGCCCUGGAGUUAAUAGUGGCCAAGUGGGGACUAAGACCAAACCCGAACUAUGCAUAUGCUUUAGCUUUGAUUGUUAAAGUUGUUUUUUCAUAAGUAUAUCAAUUUAUAUAGAACAAAACUCAUAUGCAC